ACGUGGUCACGCAAUUCUAUUUUUUACGCGUUAUUUCAAGCAUAAAUUUAUGUUACAAGCCAAAUAUGUUAUCAAUGUUGAUGGUGAAUUAAAAUUUUUUUGCGAGAAGAUCAUAGAACGUUACUACACUGUGCCUUGUAAACUUGCUGUGUGAAUGCAAAAGUCAUUUACAUUGACUCGAUAAAAUCGAAUAGAAGUUUAAUAAACGUUCGUGUGUUGUGCUCCAGUGUACUUAUACGUUGGAAUUGAAUUCUCAAAAGUUCCAUACGAAAUGUUGCCUUCAAAUAGUUGGACAAAAUCGAUAAUUUUAGUCGUCACCAUAAUAACAAUGCUUAAACCGACUGCCGCUGGAUUCGGCGAUUUUAUUGGUUCAAUUGUCAACACUUGUCAAUAUACAGCCUGUGAGAGUCAUCCAAGGUGUGCUGGUGGAUAUGAUACCCUUUCAACAACUCGUGACGGCUGCUCAGGAUUUAAAGAAAAGAAAUAUUGUUGCCCAGCUGGUGCGGGACCACAGUGCUUCUUCACUAGUUGCGGCAAAGAGACAUCUUGUCCAGGAAAUUAUCGUGAAUUAGAUCGCACUAAGACUGGAUGUUCUGGUUUUUCGGUCAAGGCAUACUGUUGCAAGACGACAAACCUGCCACAUUGUUUUGACAUGUCGUGCCCGGCCUUUGCUGAGUCAGCCAAAUCUUGCCCACCAGCAUACAGAGAGUCGAGACGGGAGAAAGGUCGAUCUGGCGGAUGUGACUCAGCUUUUGCUGAACGCCUAACUUGUUGUAUUCGUGGUAAUGAAAACGGAAAUUUUGUAAAUCAAAACGUGAACAGAAACACCGACACUGAAGUUGUAUCGGAAACGAAAACGGUGAGACUGGAAGACGGUACGAUACAGACUGUAACAAAUACUCAGACUCGCAGUAAGUCGAGAGGUGGCCUGUUUAGUAAUUCUCAAUCAUCAUUUGCAGCAUUUGUCAAUAUUUUACUUCUAUUUCCUUUAGCAGUUGCACUUUUGUGAAUUGUUAUCGGCAUUUUCGACGCUAUAUUUAUCUAAUUGUUUUAAUCACAUUCCGUCGAUGCUGCAACAGGCCCGAAGUCAUAAAAGUGAUUCGAGGCUAACGUAAUUGUAUUUUACAUGACUAGGAAUAAAAAGAUGAAAAGUAGAGUUUUCGCGUGAAUUUUGUUGAUCCGAGGCGAAGCCGAGGUCAAUAAACACACGAAAACGAGACUUUACACUUUUUAUCCCGAGUUAUGUAAUGGAUUUUAAUGCUAAGGGCGUCGAAAUAUGAAAAGUACGGUUUUCGACGCAUGUAGCAUGUAAAAAAUAUUUAAAUUUCUAAUUAUAGAUCAGCCUACCACAAAAUUUCUACUUUUCAAAAAUAAACCUUCUUACCAAUUGUUUUUGGUGACACUUUACAUCACUGGAGGUUCUAUAUGUUUUCAUAAAUAAAUGUAAAGAGCCACUUAAGAUAGCGAAAGAGAGGAAACGAACAAUGUCUUUAACUCACAACCCUCCAGAGAAAUGAGUCAUUACUACAUUGGUUUGAGCGCUAAAACUCAUUUUAUAAGUGAUUAGUGAGUAAAAUAACUUACGUAAUUGUUUGGAACUUUGUGUUUUGUCUUGGGUGGCCGCAUCCCUUACCUUCGGCUCGAGUUGCAAACGCCACACUUGACAAAAUAAAAAAUUCCAAUCAAAGAUACUAUUGCCUUACGUCAAACAGCUGAUCCAAUCAGAUGAUAAUAUGUGUAAUAAAAGAUAACAAUUUACCGUUAUUUACACAUGCUUUAUAAGAAAAUAAAAUAAACGUCAAAGGAUAUAUGUCUAAUCUCGAAAAUGACAUCAAUAAAAGAAGUUGUUGUUAGAAGAGUUGAUAGCAAUA